AUGGUUGAUGCAAUCCGCAGCAAGGGCCUCGCGGGGCCGGGCUCUGGUGUACGCAAGUUUACGCUCUCGUGUUCUCGAUGUAGGGCCUCCAAGCUAAAAUGUGACCGCAAAGAACCAUGUAUGGAAUGCGUCAAACGUAGCGUCGGCCAUCUUUGCACCAAGGAUGAGCGUCAACCGAGAGCCAAACGGUCAAAAACCGAGCACAAAGAGAAGACCGCUGCCAAGAACGAUCCUCCACCGAAUGGAGAUGGCGUAGCCGAGGCGGAGGAGACAGCGCGACUUUUGGAGCAUUUCGUCGAAGAGGUUCCUCGUCCAAGCGCAUAUCUGCCCGGUGUCUUUGGACCAACACCUUCGUCAGUGGCGCCAGACUUUCCGAACCGGUAUUGGUCAAGUAUUGACCCAAAGCGACACGGUGAAAAGCUCACCUUGAUCCGAGAGAUUGUCGACGCGAUGCCGGAGCUGGAGAUGAUUCAUGUUCUUUUUGACGUCUUUGUCACUCGUUGCCAAGGUCCCUUGGGGAAUGUAGUCCACACUCCGACAUUCAUGAAGCAAGCUGGACAGUUCCGCAACUGCUUAAGUCUUGCUUCGCCGGACUCUAGGGUCUUGGCCAUAUCAAGUACAGUCUGUAUGGAGAAACUAGGCUGUUUCCUCUUGGCGCUGGUACUCGGUCUCGCUUUUCAUCCUUCGCCGUCACUACUGGGUUGGACCCCUACGUCUUUGACUCUACGCGUGGAGGAGUUUAGAGCAUCCGAUAUGCGCUCCAGGACCUGGAGAUCGCUGAGCUUGCGCUGUCUCCAGGAUGGAGUGUCUCUCUUUUGCGGCUCGAUCGCCGGUCUACAGGCCGCUGUUAUGCUUUUGCUUGACGGCCGGGAGGGCUUGCUGGCGCUCGACGCUGUUCUGGUCACCGCGAUAUCUGGAGCCCGCAAACUCGGCCUGCACCGGUUGGGUGACGUCAAGCUGGAUGCCUCAGCACCGUUGCAAAAUGGCACGUCAUCACCGGCGGAACAGCAAAAUAUUCGAACGGAAAUAGGCAUUCGCAUUUGGUGGGCACUCGUACAAAGAGAUUGGUCGCGCGGUCAAGCUCUCGGCUACUACACUGUGCGUCCAUCCCAAUUCAACACUCGGAUGCCGUUGCACAUCAAUGAUGAUGAUCUCUGUCUGUCGAUGAAGUGGGUAACUGCCAAUGGCGAAAUCACGGAGCGGCCGCGUUCCGAGUUCACAAUGCUGUCGUAUGCUGUCCACGCCCACGAACUAGCCACCAUUGUACGCGAAUCUAUCGAUCUAAUGGGAUCAGCGACUCAGCAAACCGAUGCGAUCACCGAAUCGACCAAGUUGCGCAAACAUCUCAACAACAAGUAUGAAGAGUACGUGGCUGGUCUGCCGACAUACUUUCGAUUAGGAAGCACUGUAGGACUCACAGCCACCGGUCCAAUGGCAGCAAUCCCCGUGCAACGAUGGAUGUUGCACCAGCAACUGUGGAGUUUACUCCUGCGACUGCAUCGAGCCAAUCUCUCUUCUCCGAUUGGGCGUGCUUCCUGUCAGCUUCUGGCCCAAAAUAUUAUCGGCACCCAAGCUCAGAUCCAGGCGCGAUGCGCUGUUUGUGGGACGCUGUCGACCAGCGAGACCCAGCUAUUCAACGCGGCCGCUGUGUUGCUUCUCGACCUGCUAUUCACAUCCCAGCAAGAGGAUGCGGAUAGUGCCAGUGCACACCUCAGCCGAUUGAUGUCUCGUGACAAGAUCAGGGAAGCGAUCGAAUUAUUACGGACAAAGAGCAUCACGGAAGGGUCACCGCUUCAUGAUCAGCACAUGGAGCAAGCAAAAGGGUCCGCUCAGCGCAGUGUCGUUGCUCUGGAAGCCUUGAUGAGGCUUGAAGAAGAGGAAUCCGAAAAUAGCGCUAAAAGCUUGCUGAGCCUCAAGGUUGCUGAUAUUAUCAGAGGACUGAGUGGAAGGGCCGACGCUGCCACCGCGCCGGUACAAGAGCAGUCCCCCUUUGACACCCUUUCUUCGUUUGAUAUGGCGAUGCCGUGUGCCAAUGCCGCUGACGGGGUCCCUGAUUUGGACGUGCUGCCGAUUCUUUCCAAUGGUCUCAGCCCUAAUUUUUGGCAAUUCUUGGAAUUUCCGUCACCACAAUUUGAUGCUCACGCCAAGGAGGUCUUGUUUGCUACACUGAGAGACCCUCCUGGCUUCAUUGGGGCGGGGAUUUCUCAAUUUGCCGAAUCCUAUAGUAGUAUUCCUGACACCCGUAUGAAUCGCACAUCUCCGUCUCUGCGGAGUGAACCUAUCAGAACGAGUGGAGGGGGUGACUCCACGCCUCCUCCGAGCGCUGAUGCCUACGUUGCCGCCGAGAUUUAUUAUGGCAUGGGUGAUGGGACAAUGACUCCUAUGUGAUGUCAAGUAUCUGGUCCAUGUUUCCCUAUUCCUUCCUCAUCAACACCCUACAGUCCUGAUGAAAAUAGACCCGCAUGCUCAUUCAACCCGUUGAGAGAUCAAGUACAAGAAGCAGAGUUAAAGAAGCUUUAUCUAUAUGUUGCCGUCUGUUCCAGGCAAAUCCACAAAGGGAUCAUCAGCAAGAUCCGAGUGCCAGCGGUACUCC